AUGACCGAGAGUGAUUCAGUUCGCGAGAGAAAUCUCAGUGUCGCUCAGAAGGAGACCAAAACGUCUUCCAACAGUGAUGAUUAUGAAGACAUGUGCUGCCAAGCAAAGGAGGACCUGCUGGCGGAGCCGGUGCCUUACAAGCGCACCAUCGUCUGGCGUAAUGUGAUCAGCAUGUUCCUCUUGCAUGUGGCUGCCCUGUAUGGCUACAUCAUGAUGGCCAUGAAUCCAGAUAUUCCCUGGUGGGGAAUGGUGCUCAUUGACUCAUUUGCUCGAUUCGCUUCUAUGGGAGUACUUGCUGGUAGUCACAGACUCUGGUCUCACCGCGCUUUCAAAGCUCGCCUUCCUCUUCGAAUUGUCUUGAUGAUCAUGCAUACAAUGUCACUGCAAAAUGAUAUCUACGAUUGGUGUCGCGACCACAGACUGCAUCACAAGCACAGUGAUACUAAUGCUGAUCCAUACAAUGCCAGACGAGGCUUCUUCUUUUCUCAUAUGGGCUGGCUGAUGGUGCGCAAGCAUCCUGACGUCAUUCGUAAAGGCAAAACUAUCGACCUUUCCGAUGUGUGGGCCGAUCCGGUGGUUCGAUUUCAGCGCCGUUUCUACAUUCCUCUCGUUCUCUUGAUUUGGGCUGCUUUUCCCACUUAUGUGUGCCACUACGUGACCGGUGUUCCACUGCUUGAAUGCUUCUUUGGCGCCGUCAUCUUCCGUUACACGUUCUCACUGCACUACGCUUGGCUUGUCAACUCUGCUGCCCACCUGUAUGGGUACCAGAUGUACGACAAGACGCUCGAACCGAGAGAAAAUCGUUUUGUGAUAUACACCAGCCUUGGAGAAGGAUUUCACAAUUACCACCACGCUUUUCCUUGGGACUACUCGGCAAGCGAGCACGGCUGGACUAAGUGUUUCAAUCCAGCCACUUGCUUCAUUGACAUUUGCGCCUACCUUGGAUUAGCCUAUGACCUUCGAAAACCUGAUGCCGGUCUAGUGCAGAAACGUAUCGAAAGAACGGUUUUGGGACCAAUCAAACCAGAAGAUGCAGGAAUUACAAUGUGUCACGAGCAUUUGUAUCACAAAUCGUACACAAAAACGUUUGUGCCUGUCACUGAACCGUGUGCCCACAGUGACAUAAACUCUAAACCGGUGUCAAUUGAAAACUUGUGGUACACCAAAUACCAUCCAUACACUCAUGAGAGCAACUUGGAUUUCACCUCUUUAGAAAUUCAACAUGCUAUAAGCAAUGAAAUGUGCUUUUUUAAGCAAAACGGCGGUCAAACGGUAGUCGAAGUUACUACUUUUGGAAAAAAUUUGAAAGUUUUAGCAGAAAUGUCUAAAAAAUCAGGA